AUGUCGUGUCCAUCAGGUCAUAAACUUCCAAGUGUUCAUUCCCCCCAAACCGGUACAAAACCCAAAUCAAGGCUCGCGAAAUUAGCUUCAUCAAAGUUCUCCCCGAAGAAGCACCAAUCCCCUGCAUCUGGUGUGGAGACAUCUUCCGGUCCAGCGACUCAGACGACUACCCAAAAUCCAGAGGCUUCAAGCGGAAGAUCCCCCAGCAGAUUGUCGCCCAGACGCUACCAUCACUCCGACGACAUCCAGAGACAAAUCCUCCGUCAAAGUCCAGGAUCGUCCCCCAAACGUUCACCGAGACGUCAGCAGGCACCUCCGACCCUAGGAAUCGAGGAGGACUACGAGAUGGGUCUGGUGUACGAGCCAAGUCCACUGACCCUGACUGACGAGCCAGUGAUGUCAUUCCUGGAGUUUGAGUCGCUCUACAAUCUCGAGAAGGAGUUGGGCCAGGCCAGAAGGGUGACAAUCGCCGAGUUGGAUGACAAGUGCAUAUUUGGCGGUUGGUUUGGCACGCGAAGAGGUGUGUACACGGAAUUACCAGAGCCCUGCAGGAAUUUCGAGUGGAUGUCGAGGGGUUCGUGUACAGCACAACCCACUCAGGUGCCCACCGAGGGAUUCAGCUUUGCUCCCGGAUGGUCAAUAAAUGCUCAACACUUCUAUCAGUGGCAUCAGCGGGGAAAGAGCAUACAACAGAUCUACACCGACUGGGCGAAUCAUUAUCUCGAACGUGGUGGCUCCAAGAGGCGGGUCAGUGACCUUCAGGCCGACCUCUGCGACGGUGUCCUGCUGGCAGAUCUUGUCGAGGCUGUCACCAAUCAAAAGGUGAUAGACAUCAACCGGAAGCCGAAGAACGCCCAACAAAUGAUUGAGAACGUCAGUCUAUGUGUGGGCGCACUGCGUGCACUUGGUGCGGAUGUCGGUGCAGUUAAUCCGGGUGAAUUAUCAACUGGUACCACCCUUCGCCCUGUACUGGCACUACUAUUUGCCCUGUCGAGGCACAAGCAGAGGGCCAAACAGCUUCAGGACAUGCCUAGACUACCGUCGCCCUACAACAAGCAGUCGGGAGGGGGGGGAGUCAUUGGUGGUGGCGUUGGCACGAGUAUUCCCCUGCCUGCCACUGUUGCAGCCACGAGGAGAUGCCCCCCGGACAAGGUCAGACCGGCCCCUGGCCCGCAACAUCAAACACAGCUCGGAGGUCUGAAACACGGUAAUGGUGGUAUUCCAAGUGCAAGCAGUUCAAGGAGUACGAGCCCGAGUCAACAGCAUUCACCGCAGGGACUCUCCUUCAUCCCUCAACCGAGAACCCAGAGUAACACCAACAGACAGCCCCCAGCGACCACACCAAGUCCGAGAGCUUCGACAGUUGGUCGCCCAGGUGGUGGUCUCCGGGCGCCCCAACCGUCUCCCUACACCGCUGCACCACCGCCUCAACAGAACAAGAACUCAGUUCUAGACAAGUUCAAGCUAUUCAAUAAUAAAGAUAAGAAUCAGGAUCGUGGCAAGGCUUCAUCCGGUGCGUCAAAACGCACGUCGAGUUCUUCUGGCUUCUCAUCAGCUCGGUCUGAACACUCCGACAGCUCAACGUCCCUCUGUGAUCAAGGGAAACCCGUGGAAUCACCGAAGACACGUGCCCUCAAGUCAAAACUUCAGACAAAACCAACGAAACAAUCGAGCCCUAAAUCUGGCCGGAAAGAUCAGACAAAAGCUCAGAGUAAAAUAGCGAGAACUAAAGGACCUCCUGAGAAAACAACCUAUCCUCUUCCUGCAGAAGACCCUAAAUCAAGUAAAAUCGUCCUUGGUCCAAAAAUUUCCGAGAAAAAACCAAGCAAUCUCGAGGCUAUAAAACACACCACAAAUCCCCAGAAACAAAACUCGGUUCUACUUCCCCCUGGCCAUCAGAAACCAAUCAUCCAGGAUCAGAAGAUAUUGCCGAGUGUGAAGAGUAAUGACCAAAAAUCUAUUCAAAGGCCGAAGAUGGAAUUGCCUGGUAAGAUGCCAGAUCCAAAGAUACAGAAUGUUAAAGUGCCACCCAAUGGUAUCCACAAAGAUGUGAUAACUUCCAAAGGUCUUCCAGGGGGUAAUGGAUUGAUUAAGCUUCCGAAUUUGAGUCCAACUCAGGAGAAUCCACCGAGUAUGGAUAAAACAAUGAGUAUGAAUCAGGUGAAUACGAAUCACACCGAGGCAAAGUGUAAUAACGAAGUUCAGAAGGUUAAGGAUUUAGAGACUGAUCUCAGUAACAUGAAGAGCGCGUUGGAGGAUAUCGAUGGGGAUAGUAAGCCCUAUGAUAAUCAUAUCAGGAGUGACCGGAGUCCAAACGAGAAUAUCCUAAACUCACGGAAUCACCAGUCUUCCAUUGAAAACAUUCAUAUCAACGAUAACGACAAUUGUCAAUCCUUGGUCGAUGCAUCGUCUGGCCUGAAUAAACACCAGUCACCUAUCAACACUUCGUGUCCAUUACCCGGGCCUAAUGGCGGGGGUCAGACAGCACCUGGUGUCAGUCCAGGCUCAAGCAUUCCAAAGCCAACAGCACUUGUCAAAGGUACGACAAAACCACCGAAAGAAAUCAAUCCUCUGAGCAUACCAACUGCUGCCAAAUUGAAGGGCGAUGUGUUACAUAGAAAAUUGGAUCCCAAUACAGUGGCAAUGGUGUCACCAAUGCCGAGCAUAUCAGAUCUCAUGUCUGAGAGUUCGCAUAGCAACUCAAACAGCACGGGACAGAGUAAUUCGAGUGACAGCAGUGUUAUAUAUAGACCUAGCAGUGAGAGCGGAAGUGAGAUUAAAACUAUACCCAAUAGGAAAAUCGAUACCACGUUUGAGGAGAUGGAGAAGGUUCUUGCCGAUAGCUGCGGUGGCGGUACCGUUGCCGAAGACGAGGGAGAAAUGAACGUAAAACCAAUGCAACCACUUUUACGUGGUUACACACCGAGUGCAAGAUGUCUGCAAACAUUACCAUCACGUACAACCGGUAGACAGUACACAAUACUACACUCGUCGUCGCAUCACCACGUUGCCCAGGAUUAUUCGGACAUUGACAUUGCAUCGGGUUAUUUAAGCGAUGGUGAAGUGCUGAGGGGCGGUGGAAUUAAUGUUGGCAGCCGAGCAUUAUCGGAUUUGUGCGAUGGUUAUAUGUCUGAGGGCGGUGCAUCACUCUACGCGAGACGAAUCAAUCCGUCUUAUGGUCACGAUCAUGACAAGUACGUGGGCGGCUCGAGGCGAGAAUUAACGGGGGUGAAGGAGUUGGUAAACACAAGGCGAACGCAGAAGAACAGACAUCCCUCCUCUAGUUUAACUAGGGAUGGAAAUCAUGCCAGUGGACUUUUAGGGAGUUGCAGUGGUGGAAGCGACGCACUGGCUGAACUUACUAUUGAGGACCUGGCAGCCAUACCCACUGGCAAUCACGGGGGUCAUCAUACAGGUCAUCCUUCCCAUCAUAAGAGGGUGCCGGGUGGUGGAAGUGUGGUUGUGGGGGGUGGCGUCAGCAGUGGAUCGGCCACCCCCCAAGGUACACAGGCAAACAAUCUAGUUUACCGUGUCGUGAGCUCGAGGCAUCCCGGACACCAUUCGCACGUGAAGAAAUCGGAUAGUUCGCAGCAGACCGAGAGCACAGCAUUCAAACAGCAGCAGCAGCAGCAGCAACAGCUGAGUAACAACUGUUCUUCCUCGAAUAAUAGUAACAGCCAACAAUGGAAGAAGUACAUCGAGGCUGGAGCCGCAAGGGAGCGAGACAAGGAGACAACGCCAUCGAGUCCUAGUCCCUCUCGACGAUCUCAGGAGAAACACAGGAAGCAGACAAUGGCUGAAUACGCGAACGGUGAGAAACCGCAGAAAGUUUCUUCUGGUACGUCAACUGGCAGCAGUAGUAGCAAGGUCAGGGGUGUGCCGCAGAGCUUUGGCUAUGUCAAGAGACACAGCGCUGGCACAUCACCCAGUCCCAAUGGGGUACAGAAUGGAAGCAAGGAGGGCACUAGAACUGCACAAGUCAGUGCUGUACCUCGAACUAAGGUUAAAGUGUCCGGAGGCACUCAAACAUGCACAACAGAGCUCCAAGCAAAUUCCUCAAACUCGAGUCAGGGCCAUCACUACAAGAGUUAUAGUCUAACUGGCCCAAGUGCCAGCCAACUGUCCCAGUCGGUGCGUGAUCGUCUGAUGCUUGGCUCCCAGAGUUUACCGAAGGCAGGGAGUCCUGAGUUUACUGCCCUCUUCGCAGCUGCCCAUCACCGCGAUCGCAGCGGUGCUGGAGGACCAACGACCUCGGGCUUCUCACCUCGUGUGCUCAAACCAUCAGACGGCAGUCUAAGUGACACCUGCAGUAAUUACGCAGCACCCGAUAUCCAGGGAUAUUAUGCACCCAACAGUCCCUAUUCCACUUCUUGGAUGAGACACAGUAACACGUACACGCCGAGUGGAAGAUCCCAAGGUAUGGGUCUCUGCGAGGCGGACAGCGUUGAAUCUUUGGGAUCCCAUCGAACGAGUUUGACCCACGCUCUCCUCUUAAAACACCAGCGAGACUCAACAGGCUCCCCAGCACCACCAAGGCUCAAUAGAAGUAAUUCCAUCAGAUCAACUAAAAGUGAGAAGAUGUAUCCGUCGAUGUUGGCUCGUGGCAGUGGUGCAUCGUCGUCAGUUGGUGAAGAGGGUAUUGGCAUUACUGGUGAGCCGUACUACAGUGUUCCAGUGGGCUCAGCAAGCUGUGCAGGUCAGCAUUGGUCUCAACCGACUUCUCCAACCCCAACCCAUGGAUCGAGACAACCGCCAAAUCUCUAUCAACACGUCCACAAAGAUGACGACAUUCACGGUUCCUCAGUUUCUCUUGUAUCGACCGCAAGCAGUUUGUACAGCUCGGCUGAGGAAAAACAUGCCCACGAAGUGAGAAAGCUGAGACGAGAGCUCCAGGAUGCACAGGAAAAAGUUCAUUCCCUGACGAAUCAACUGACGACUAAUGCCCACGUAGUUGCAGCCUUUGAGCAGUCACUGUCGAACAUGACCCAGAGGCUACAGCAGCUCACGGCGACCGCUGAGAAAAAGGACUCAGAGCUGCAAGAACUCCGGGAAACGAUAGAGCGUUUGCGUCAGCAAGGUGCAGAGGCAGUUCUAACAAACAAUGCAGCCACAUCAAACGGUCGUAGACACACCCUCGGUGAUUCAGAUUCCGGUACAACAGGCUGCACUGGUUACACCAGCAAUCAGGGCUCCUCAAUGGCACGUCAAUUGUCAGCCGACAGUGUAACAUCAUUGAACUCAAUAAGCAGUCAGUGCUCAGUGAGCAGUCACCACAAGAAGAAGGGCUGGCUGAGGAGUUCCUUCUCGAAGGCAUUCUCAAGACCCCGAAAGAAUCGUCAUGGCUCAGUGUCAGACGCCGAGGACAGCAAGGACAAUGGUUCAAUGAUCACUGGUGAACUCAGUGCGCCCAACAGUCCACGACUGCCUACAGCUGUUAAACACGACAAUUCACAGCAGAAUAAUGGGGAAUCGAGUGAACAGAAAUCACCGGAGCAUGAUAAUUCGUUGAGUGGCAGUAAAAGUAGUUCAGCACUUUAUAAAACGGACACCACUGUCGAUGAACUUAAGAAUCAAUUGAGGGAGAAGGAUCUUGUGCUCACUGAUAUUAGGCUCGAGGCACUGUCAUCAGCUCAUCAAUUGCACUCGCUCAAGGAGCACUUCAACAAGAUGCGGAACGAAAUGAUAAACCUGAAGCAGGACAACGAGCGCCUGCAACGGUUAGUGACCUCGAAAUCCCUGACGUCGUCCCAGUCGUCCCUGCCGAGCGAUCGAGACCGUCGUUUCAGCAUGACGGAGGUUCCCUCGAGUGGAGGCUUGCCGAACGGUGAGCACACGUCAGCGGUGGAUCAGCUGGACGACAUAACAGUCCCAGAGCACCCGAUCGUCCCCACCAACGCCUCGACAGAGCCUGUAAUCGAGGACACAGACGGCAAGAGGAUAAACGUCGCUGUCUACCUCGGCAGUGAAAACAGCUUCAACCUCAAUUUGACCUCGGGGCAGGACGGGAUAAUCGGUGAGCCAGCCCACUGCAUAAUCGCCAACGUCUGCAUCUCCAACAAGACCUCGUGGGACGGACUGGACUCGACAGUUCGUCGUUGUCUCAAGGAUUACGUCUCCAGGGUGGAUCCGAUUAAUAAUCUGGGGCUGGGGGUGGACUGCAUAUCGGCUUAUCACCUGGGGGAGGCGUCCAGGUGCACAGCAGACCCUCAGUAUCCUGAGCUGCUGCCCUGUGGGUACCUCGUCGGCCACGUGAAGACGAUUUAUCUCGUGCUCUCUGGCUACUCCUGGCUGGCCAUCGACACUUUGAUCCCCAAGUCUAUUGUUCAGAGGCUCAUUUCACUGUUCAAUGAUCAUCGGAGGGUUAUUCUGUGUGGCCCCAGUGGCACUGGCAAGAGUUAUCUAGCUGGGAAACUCGCCCAUGCUCUCGCUGGCUCGGACUCGGAGACUGGAGAUCCUGCUGCUGUCGCCACUUUCAAUCUUGAUCAUAAGUCGAGCAAGGAGCCGAGGGCGUUCUUGGGGCAUAUUCUGCAGAGGUGUGCGUCCAAUGCUGGUGAUGAACUACCCCGAGUGAUAAUCGUGGAGAACCUCCAACACGCGAGUUCCCUCACUGAAUUAUUCGGUGGACUGAAUGCCAAGAAUAAAUCGUUCCCCGCGAUAAUUGGUACAAUGAGCCAGACGACAUGCAACAUCACGAAUCUCCAGUUGAUCCACAACUUCCGUUGGAUAAUGUGUGCCAAUCACAUGGAGCCUGUGAAGGGUUUCCUCGGGAGAUUCUUGAGGAGAAAAUUACUGGAGCACGAGCUGAGGGAGUGCGGAGGGGUGAGAAAUGCGGAGAUGGCGGCUGUUGUCGAGUGGAUGCCGAGGGUGUGGCUGCACUUGAAUAAGUUUCUGGAGACUCACAGCAGUUCAGAUGUGACUAUCGGGCCCAAGUGGUUCCUGGGGUGCCCCAUGGAGGUCGCCAACUCGCAGGUGUGGUUCACGGAUUUGUGGAAUUACUCGGUCAUUCCGUAUCUCGUGGACAAGGUGAGGCAGGGCCUGGAGCUCUACGGGAGGAGGACCAGUGGCAAUGGGAACACUGAUGGGGCCUGGGAGGAUCCUACACAGUUCAUCAUCAAUAGCUAUCCUUGGGUGGCUACGCAGGCUGUUCAUGGCGGGUUCAAGGCUCUUGUGCCAUUGAAACCUGAGGACGUUGGGUAUGAUGAUGAGGAUCCCUCUGGACACACCGCUGGAGUUGGGAGCUCCAGUGUUAAGAGCCUCGGAAGCACACACAGCGAUACUGAUGGGGAUCCUUUGCUGAACAUGCUGAUGAGACUGCAGGAGGCAGCGAACUACUCGAGUCCCCACAGCAAUGACAGUGAUUCAGCCACAUCCCUGGACUCAUCCAACACUCGACACUCCGAGGACCUCAACACCUCGAGAUCAUCCAAUACCGGAGUGGAAUCAGCCCUCUAGAUUUGCAUCAACAAAUUUGCCACCGAGAAAUUUCCACGACUUUAUGAUUCAAGUACCACCAGAGUAGCUGUUUAAAUGGUUCUUUGCAACGAUUCGAAAUCAAUUCUGAUGGGCUAUAAAGCGAGACAAAUAAUUUAUGAAACUGCCUAGUAAAUUUAAAAUCCACUUCAAGUGCGUUUUAUCGUUCUCAUCUCACUGCCGUGAUUUUUCAGCGUGAGGUGGUAGUUGAGGCUAGCAAUUUUAGUCUUUUAGUUACGGGGUUGAGGUAGAAAUGGAUUAUUUCCGAAAACUUGGAAAUCUUGAGAGGACUAUUUACGUAAUGAGUGACUAUUCUUGUCAUGUGAAUUUUCCAAAUUUUUUCCACUCUAUUUUUCUUUCCUUUUCAUUAAAAAAAUCAACCGAAAAAACUUGGAAAAUUUGAGUCAAACAUUUCUGCAGAGAAUAUCUCAACAUUAAGUUGUAUAGAAAAAUCGAGUUCUGUUGAUUUUUUUAUAGAAUAUUUUCCAUUGAAUAUUUCCCCAUUUUUUCAAACGUAAUAAUUUCUUCUCAUUAUGUAAAAAAAACAAUUUGUUGUUAUAAUGACGAGUUCAAUUAUGAAGCUCUCAUUUCCAGUUCUACCUCACUACCCCUCAAGGUCUAAUUAAUAAUGUUUCGAUAAUUGAAAAAACAAUGGCGAUAACUCCGUGUUUCAGAAUAACGAUGCCUCGUCAUCGAAGUAGUGCAGCAACUCACAAGAAUCCGAAUAAAAUUGAUUAUAUUUUUAAGAAACGUUAGACGACUCCAAUAGCUUGACUACAAAUACGAUCAAUUAAAGUCCAGUGCCUGUGUGGCGACGAUAAAUUCUUUCUAACGAAAUACAGUAUUAAAAGGCUCGAAUGAAAUCCAUCGUUCUUGAAUGCAACCUGCGAACGACGAGAGGAAUUUUCCAGGAUUUUUUUUUCAGCAGAAAAAAAAAUGAAAACGUAAUGUGAAAUACGACGUAGUGCGUCUAUGAAUCAUUGACUCGGGAAUAUAUUUAUACAGAACAGAUCUGCAUGGAGACAGCAAGAGAAAAGGCUAUAUAUUUAAUUCGAAAUGAAUGGAGAAUGUUGAUAUAAUAUAUAAACGAAAAAUAAUGGCGCUGAAUUUUAUAUAAAUGUAUGGAUUCAUUAUAUAUAUUCUGAUUAAAAUUUAUAAACUAGCCAGUAAGAUACGUGAGUAAUUCUGGUCAUAUGUAAUUUGUAAAUAGAACGACUUUUAAUGCGCAUUAAGUGAAAUGAUGGUGAUGAUUGUGAAGAGAUGCAGAUGAUUAAGGGAAGGAAAUGUUGCGGAUGCUGAUGAAAUAAUAUAUCUCACUCGAGAUGCGAAGUAAUGAGACAAUUUCGAUUGAUAAAUUCAAGGCAUUUUAAACUGCAAAAAAAUGGGUCUAACUUUGUAUUGCAAAUUUGCUCCAAUUUUUCAUGUAACCACUGCUGGGAAAAAUUACAACUUUUAACGUUUUUUAUUGUACAUGUAUUGUGAUACGAAUUUUUUUCGUAAAUAAAAUCUCUUUAGCCCACUUUGACGAAUGAAAUGAAACGAUGAUGACAAAGUCUAGGGAAAUUUUAAAUAUGACCGGAUCAAUGUGAAUGUUUAUGGUGACGAAUUAUACAGUCGCGUUUACAGAAUUUUUUACGUUUGUACCGCUAUUUGUACGCUGUACUGGCGCCUGCACCCCAACUUUCCCGAAAUAAUAAUCAUAAUUGUGUCAUAAAUAAAAUUAUAAAUCUUA